GAAUCUACGGAUAUGCUGAAAUAGUUCGUUCCGAUACGAUUCCGCUGCUUACAACGAAUUCGGGAUAUCCGGUAAUUAUAGAUAAAAAUGCUUUCCAGAAAAAGAAAAGAAAAUCUUAGAUUGCGGGUAAAAAUGGAAUCAAAUCCAUCUGAAAAUGACGAAGAUAGUUGCAACACUGAUGAUCAACAUUCAAUUUCUUCCAAAAAAGAUGCAGAAGACCAUACGAUAGAAACCGACAAGACUUCGACACACAAAACAAAACUUACACUCGAAGAAAAAACCCGUUUGCUAGAUGACUUAGCUUCCAACAAAAAGUCGAUAAAAGACAUUCUACGUAAAUAUAAAAUGUCACGAAGUUCACUUAAUUCAAUUUUAAACAAUCGAAAUGGUGUGAAGGGAAGUUCGAGUAAAACAAUAAAUAAAAAUGUGAGCCCACUCUUCAAAAUUUUGGAAAAGAGAAUUUUAGAUUGGGUCAGAAAUGCCAAUGAAAAGAAGAAAUCAUUCAAUGCAAAAGUUCUUCAAAAGAAAGCUAGAGAGAAUGCAGAAGAUCUUGGUAUUGCUGACUUUAAAAGAUCAUCGACUUGGGUGGAGAGGUUAAAAGCAAGAAAUAAAGAAGUGGUGUAUGACAAGUUCAAAGAGGGCAGAAAAGUUUUCACAUUGACAUUAGAAAGGAAGGCUGAACUGAUUGCUGAUGUAGACAAAGGUGAUAGAUCCAAGCGUGAUUUAGCCGAGGAAUAUGGCAUAGCCCCCAGUACACUGAGUGGUAUCAUGGUUAAUAGAAUCAGAAUCUUGGAAGCUUUCCACAGUCAGGCAUUUAGACCAGAAAGAAAGAAGUUCAGAAAGUCUUCAUUUGAAGACUUAGAAAAAGAGCUACUACUUUGUGUACUUAAGUGGCAGUCUGCAAAUGAACCUUUCAAUGGACCUAAGUUGAUGGAAAAGGCAAAGGAGAUAGCUAAGGACCUAGAAAUCACUGAGUUUGUUGGUUCUAAUGGUUGGAUUGAUAGAUUUAAAAACAGAAAUAAUAUUAAAUUCAUACCUGGAUGUGAAGUGAAUAAAGGAUAUAAAGAGGACAGGAAAAUAACAACUUUAACACUUGAAAGGAAAGUUGAGCUUUUAGAAGAAGUGGAAAAGGGUGAAAGGUCAAAAAGACAAAUUGCUGAAGAAUUUGGAAUUGCACCUAGUACUUUGAGUGGCAUCAUUGUCAAUCGUGUUAGGAUCAUGGAAGCACAUAAUAGUAAAUGUUUUGGUCCAGGACGCAAGAAAUUCCGUAGAUCAACAUUCCAAGAUGUGGAAGAAGACCUACUGAAAUGGGUUGAAGAAACUAAAAAACAAAACUCAGCAAUAAAAAGCACACAAUUGCUGGAUAAAGCAAAGGAAAUUGCAAAAGAGAAAGGAAUAGAAAAUUUUGCAGGAUCGCAUUCAUGGGUUGACAGAUUCAAAUCUAGAAAUCUGAAAACCUUUAAUUCUUCAGUUGAUGAUGAUAAUACUGAACAAGAUUCCAAUCAGUCAGAGAAUCAGUCUGACCAAGAUUCAGAGCCAGCUACACCAGAUGCAGGUGAUUCCUCUGAUGUAUCUCAGAUGACAAAAGAGGCAUAUGAUGCCAUUGAACAAAGACCAGAAUUCCAGAAUAUUUUCAAAAAGCACAAAUGUAGAGACCAGUACAGGAAGUAUACUCAGGAACAGCUGAUGGAAGCUUGUAAAUACUCAAUGGAAACCAAAGCUUCAUACAGGGAAGUGUCGGAGAAGUUUGGUAUCCCACAAUCAACAUUGAGAGACAAGUUACAUGCUGUAGAGAAACUAAACACUGAUGUAGGUCAACCUCCAAUCAAAAAAGCAAGGACUGAAAGUACUGAGACAAAAACGUCAACUGAGUCCUCCACUAUGGUUCUUUCUCCAGAGAUACCAGACAACAAUUCAGAUUCAGAUAAACUUAAUGCAGCAUCUAAUGAUAGAUCAAACUAUAGGCAAUAUUCAAAAGAUUCCCUGACCACUGCUGCUCACUAUGUUAUGAAAUUUAAUACUCCGAUAAUGAAGGCUGCACGAAUGUUUGGAGUCCCAGCCUCAACUCUUAAGGACCAUGUUCGUAAUAAAUUACCUCAGGAUACUGAACAACUAACACAGCCAUCAACACCAUCACUUAUAAAUGAUAGAGAUGAAAGGAAACUCAUUGAAUAUAUAAAGAUGAUGGAGAAAUGUGGUUUCAUAUUGACCACAAAAGAAAUCAUUGAAUUUGGAUCUGAAUUGGCCAGUGCAUCACAAGAAAUUGAAGGCUCUAUCACUCUUAGUGAUUCAUGGUAUCUUGAUUUUGUCAAGAGAUGGCCUCCUUUAGGUAUGGUCAAUAGAGAGGGACGAAGCCCUAUCCCUCAGGAUAUUAAAAAAUAUUUUAUGGAGUUGAAUAAAAUUUUCAAUAAACACAAAUUUUUUGAACGACCAGAGCUUGUAUAUGUUAUGGAUGAAGUUGAUAUAACUCUGGAAUACAAUCCUUUGAAAUUAGUUCCACGGAAGAGAUUUAGUAGAUCGAAUCAGUGCAAAACUACUCAACAAAAAUUAACAUCUGUGGUUGGUUGUUCUAAUGGUCUGGGUACAACUUUACCUCCAUACUAUGUUUUACAAUCUGAUGAAAUAGUAACAGAUGUCAUUUCUCAAUCACCACCAGGUACUCAAGCAAUGUUUGCUAAUACAGUUCGAAAAGAUUGUAGUACAUUACGAGAUUAUUUUCAGAAUCAUUUCAUGCGAUUUGCUCAGUCAGGAAGAAAUACUCAAAAUAGAUUUGUACUUGUGUUCUAUGACAGUAGGAGGACAAAUCUCAAUGUUUCUGAUAUAGAUUGGGCCAAGCGUUGGCACAUUUUGUUAUUUCCACUCCCACAUCCUAUUAAGAAGGAAGAAGAAUCGGCAAGGGAAAUUCUUAAUGGCAUUUUUCAAAACUAUGGUGAUGAUGUUGAAGAAGAGAGGAGUAAAUUUGUCAAACAAAAAGGCUACAUGGCUGUUUCAAUGCCAGAUAUUUGUGGUAUUUUAGGGAAGGCUUACAGGAAAUCAUUGACUUAUGCACAUAUUUCCUCUUGUUUCGAAAGCUAUGGAAUUUAUCCUCUCAACCCAAGGAAUUAUGUCAGCAGAUUGGAUGCAUCAUUUCAGCUGAAGCUACAUGAUCUGCAGGCAAUGCCCAACUAUGAAACUAAUCUCUGGUUAUUGAGUGACUUCAGUUGUACUCAAGCCGUAAAUAAUGCAAUAGAGUCCUCGUUUAAUUCAAGUGAAGGUAACAACUUGUAUUGCCGUGGAGAAAACAAUGCUCGCUAUGUUAAACACAAUAAUAGUGGUACAGAAUCUAGUAACUGUAAUGCCAAUAAUCAAACAAGCUCAGGAUAUAGUCAAGAUAGUGCAGCAUUUAAUACAUCUUAUCAGGGUCUUAUCAACCAUCUUAUGGUACAAGCUGUUCGAGAUAAUUCACAGAUAGAACCUCAAAUACUGAAUGGUGUUGCAAUCAAAACAGAGCCUCAGAUGGACUUUGGCUAUGGACAAGUUACUGUUACUCCACAAAUUCAGGAGAGCUAUAGUCAGCAACAGUACAUAUUAGAAAGUUCUAUCUCCUCUGCAUCAAAUGAAUCUCAAAAUACUCAAAACUGCCAAGUAGUCCCACAAAUGUACCUUUAUCAGAAUGGAAGUGAAUCUUGUAACUCUUUAAAUAAUGGCACUACAGAAAAUCAAGAUACAAACACAGCUUCAGCAUCAAAUGAUGAUUUAACAAAUAAUUCGCAGGUUGUAAUGCAAGCAAAAAGUAAGUGUGAAUCAUCCUCAAGUUCAAGAAGAAAAGGCAAAAGUUACAGAGUAAUUGUCAAUGAACCUGAACCUGAAAACGAGACAACUGAUAAACAACUUUCAGAUGAUAUAGCUGAAAACCCACCUCCCGAAUCAAACAAAAUAUUCAGUAAAUCAAAAUUAGAUACAUGUAGAAAGACUAGUAGAUUAGGAUCAUUACUGGAUGAAAAAGUUCGCAAACUUCAUGAACAAGCAAAAGCAUCAAGUGAAGUUGUUGAAGACCUUGAUGAACCAUUAAUGAAAAUAGGAGAGUUCCAAAUAGUCAUGAAUAAGGGAGAAUGAUAUAUAAUGGAUGGAUAUAUAAUAACUAGUAGUUAUCAACAAUCUUUUGAUAUUGUUGUGUAGUAUUUGAUGGUUUUGGUAAUCUCUUUUGGUACAAUGUUUUUUUUUGUUAAUGAUAUGUCCCAUUUGCAUGACCAACAGCUCAUUGUAUUAUAUUAUUAGAAGUUUUGACAUUCUUAAAAAGGUUCUAAUUAACUAUUGAUGGUGGUUAUAAACAAUCUUUUGCUAGGUAGAUAGGCUAAUUCUGUGUUUUAAACAAAUACGUAAAUUUCCUCGGCUAAGUUUUCAUUUAAUUGUAUAUUAAUCAAAGCUGGUCUUUGCUGGUUCAGACAUGCAUGUUAUUUUGCUUUUUGUUUAAUGCCUUGUGCAUUAUAUAUUUUCAUCUCCCAAUUUUUAUACCGGUACCCUAUAUCGGGUCUUCUCUUAAAAUGAAAUAAUUGAAUUAAUGUGCAUUAUAUGAAGCAGUGUUCUAGGAUUUAAGGGCAGUGGGGCACAGUUUUAAUAUGAAGGGCAUGCUAGUACAGUUUCUUGCCUGACAAAGGGAUCAUGUUUAAAGUUUAAAAAAAUUAAACAUAUUUGUGCUAAAAUUAAUGUCAUGAACAUGAUGUGAUGAAUGUAUUUAAGCUUUUCCCAAUAGUUAAACUUUUUUUUUUUAUUUUACUUCUGAAAGCAAAAAUGAAUAGGACAGAAGGGUGAACAGAGCUGUGUCCCUCUAUUUUGGGUUAGCUAGGAAAGGGUGUAGACAUUUUGGAUGAUGACUAAUUUUGAGUUUCUCACAUUGUCCUGUUUGAAUCAAAAAAUGUCUUCGGUAAGAAUGUUAAAUUAUAAGUUCUUUCAAAAGGUGUCAUAUUCUUAUAAAAAGUAGUUGAUUCUUUGUUGCAAAGCACAUAGAAAACAAGAUCUAGUGAAGCUGUUUAUACCCAUAUUGAACAAUAUUUAUUUUAAAUUGACAUACUAGUUAGAAGCACUUAUGGAGAUUACUGAUAGUGUUUCUUUCUCAGACCUUAGGCCUAUGUAACAUUAUGGUCUUGUUUUAAAAGAAAAUAUACUACUUCUAGUCAUUGGACCGAAAUAUAGAAUUGAAUGUUUUGCAUAUAUUGGAGAAUUCUGUUUUUUGCUCUUGAUCAGGCUGAUUUUGUGCACUGACUUUGUUUAUAAUGGUUUCAGUAAAAAGGACUAGAUUUAGAUAAUAUUUUGUAUGAAGGCUGAAAAAAUAAAUCUCUUAGAUGAUUCAUCAGACUUCAAGGAAAUCUUAUUUUGAGAAUUGGUUACAUUUUUCUGCAUAUACUGCACGAUAUAUUACACGAUAAUUGAGUAAAAAUGACUGGGCAUGGAUCAACAUCAGCAUGAGGCAACAAUCAAAGACCUGUGUUGGUUGAGAUAUUGCACAUUGACCUAUAUGUAAAUAACAAGUAAUAAUCUGUUAAACACAAAUUUCAAUCAUAGCAAAAACAUUUCACUCUUUUUCUUUCUUCUUUAUUUAAAAAAAUUAAUUUAGAUAUUGCUCCUUAAGAGCCUCUUGGUGUAAAUAUUUUAAACUAGGUGGAUUGACAAAAUGUGUCAACCACGCUUUUCAAGCAGAAGAGACCAGUGAAGCAAAAUCACAUUUUGAGCAAUGAUAUCUUAAAAACAACUUGUGGCUCCAAAAUAGUUUAGGGUUAACGUUAACAAAAUGUUGUAAUUUAUGAAACAGAAGUUAUUCAAAAAGCUAAAACUAAAAGCAUGACAAAUUUGUUGGGUGAUCAAUGCCACUUUUGUAGCACUCACUCUUUUUAAAUGUUCAAUUUAAUUCUUGUAAAUUGUAAAUAUUGCAUUAAAUAGGUUUCACCUCAAUAGUAUAUGUACCAUGUAGAAAGAUCAUGUGUUAGUGUAAAAAUAGAAUAUUGAGUAUGUCAAGCCAAUGGGGCUUGUGCAAUACAUUUUAAUGUUCAUUUAAAGUCACAUAUUUUUAGUGCAAUUUUUUUUGGAUGUUGUAUUUUGAGGAAUUUUACUAGGAAUUUGUUGUAUUUGUUAUAGAUGAAUUAGAGAUUUACAGUAAUAUUUUACUCUUUUGAAUAAAUUUUUUAGAAUUUUAAUCAAAAUUUCGAAAAAUGUUGAUGACAAAAUUAGUAUAUAAUAUUAUGAAGUGUCUAAGAUGACCCUAUUAUGAUCCACUAUGUACAGCAUUCCCUAUAGAAGAGGUAUGUUCAAAUGUACCCACUACCAAAAUAAUAUUUGAUACACAACUGUUUUGAUAGUGUGUAUGAUACAUUUUCAGUUCCUUUUAGACCUCUAUCAUGUGACAUUUAUUUGUAAAAACAAAAAAAAUAACUUUGUAUAUUGACAAAUUCUUUGUAUUUAGAAAAAAAAGAUAUGGUCAGACCUCUGAUUAAAACAGUAUUAUUUACAGACUUUUAUAUAAUAUUGAUGAUGUUGUGUCAAUGUUUUAUAAAUUUUUUGCAAUAAACUUACAUAUACACAA